CUGGAAUAUUUUGUUCUAAAACAUGCAGAAUGAAUUUGUAUAUUAUAAAAGAUUUGCUCUUCUUUCCCAACUUAUUCCUUUCUUUUGAAUCCCUUAUAAAAUGGAAACUUUUGGUCAAAUUUUAGAUCAACUCUCGUUGUCCACGUUAAAAUAUCAUUGGCAAGCCGUAUUGACUUCUGCAGUGAUAUUUCAGAUCACCUAUGAAAUAUCUAGAGUCUUUUCACCGGUGCUAUUCCCAAAGACAUUUCAGUUUUUUAAAGGCUAUAAUGCUCCUAAUUGGCAUAUUCACGUUGUAUCCACGGUUCAUUGCUUAGUGGUUGUGCUGGGAUCGUUUUUCAUCUUCAUGGAUAACACAUUACAUCAAGACAGAGUAUUUGGUUAUGUCAAAUGGGCCGCUGAUAUAUAUUCAAUUUCUUGUGGCUACUUCUUGUGGGAUACUAUUGUAGCUAUCUAUUUCCUCAAGUAUCAGGGUAUCAGCAUGGUUUUUCAUGGCAUUGCCUCAUUUUCUGUUUUUAUAUUCUCUUUUCGUCCUUUUGUCAAUUAUUAUGGAGCUAUCUUCCUUAUGUAUGAACUCAGCACGAUCUUUCUCAACUUUCAUUGGUUUAUGGAUAAGUUAGGCUGGACGGGAUCAAAAAUCCAGCUCGUAAACGGAGUUAUUUUGCUCAUGACAUUUUUCAGCGCACGUAUUGUGUUUGGAACAAUAAUGUCCUAUAAAAUGUGGAGAGAUAUAUAUGUAGUAAAAGAAAGUGUUCCUUUGAGAUAUUGGAUUGUUUACGGUGGUGGCAAUUUUGUGACAACCUGCUUAAAUUUCUGGUGGUUUAGCCAAAUGAUUGCCAUGUUACGUAAACGUUUUCCAUCAAAGAAUGCGGCUGUCAAUAAGAAAGCAGAAGUCGCUGCCAAGCAACUGUAAGAAAGCCGAAAGCGACCAGUCGAUGAUGAUACCCCCCCCCUGAAAAAUAUCAACAGAUGUUGUGGAGAAGUACAAAAUGGAAGCAAUGAAUGUGAAAUUCAUAAUUGAAAGCAGCCUGUACUAUAGAAUCCCUUCUUCCAAACAUAUAAUGAGCAUUUCAAGAAUAAACUUUUUCUUUACUUGGUCCUUUUCUCAUUUUAUCAAACCUGGUGUUCUAUAUGACAUGUAUCAAAUACUUGAAGUUGAAAGCCUCUUUGUACCUAUGCUUAGUGGUGGAGAUUGGCAGUUAUGAAACGCU